AUGGAUCAUCACAUCUUAUUCCCCACGGCGAAUUCAACUCUCCCGCGCACGUUCUUCGUGGAUACGUUUGUGAUCCCCAAUACUGUUGCUCCGCUGGUUGGUCUGGGGGAGCAGCGCCGUUGCCGGCCGCCGGUGGAGAAUGUCUUCCGCUACAACCUCAACGUGCCUCGUAUCUCUGAUCCGGUCGAACACGGCGCGUACGAACAUGCAGCUCGGCGCACAUCGGAACGGCUCAGCAAAACGACUCGCGCAACAGUCAAAAAGCCCGCAUAUGCUAACACAGUGCUUAGCACAACGGGUCUCUGA